AUGAUUUUAGUGAUAAGGAAAUGUGUUCACAGAGAGAGGAAGAGUGGUGUUUGUAAGGAGGAGCAGCUGUCCUGCUGUGCUUUGUGUCAGGACGUCCUGAAGGAUCCAGUAUCUACCCUCUGUGGACACUGGUUCUGCAGACAGUGCAUCUCCUCAUACCGGGACCAGUCUGCUUCAUCAGGAAACUCCUCCUGUCCCCUGUGUGGAGAAAGGUCCAGAACCAGAGCUGGACUGCAGACAGCCAGUCAGAGCAGCUGUGUACAAACAAACGUUGGUCUGCAGGAGGUUUUAGAUGAACAUAAGAUCAGUCUGAGGAGGAGAUGUGAACGUGUGACUGAAGGAAGUAAUGAAACAGGAAGUAGAACCCUACUCAACACGAUCUACACUGAGCUCUACAUCACAGAGGGGCAGAGUGAAGAGGUUCAUACCCAACAUGAGGUGAGGCAGCUGGAGACAGCUUCCAAGAUGGACACCCUCCAUGAGACUCUAAUCAGGUGCCAGGACAUCUUUAAAACCUUACCAUACCAACAGAGAACCAUCAGAGUGGUUCUGACGAACGGCGUCGCUGGUGUUGGAAAAACCUUCUCAGUGCAGAAGUUCACUCUGGACUGGGCAGAGGGCUUGGAGAACCAACAUGUCAGCGUGGUGAUUCUGUUUUCAUUCAGGGAGCUGAACCUGAUCAGAGAUGAGCAGUACAGUCUUCUGGAGCUGCUCCAUGUUUUCCAUCCAACAUUACAGAAGGUCACAGCAGAGAAGCUCGCUGUCUGUAAACUUUUGUUCAUCUUUGACGGCCUGGAUGAAAGCAGACUUUCAUUGGAUUUCAUCAAGAGGAAGCUGGUGUAUGAUGUCACACAGAAGUCAUCAGUCAGUGACCUGCUGACAAACCUCAUCCAGGGGAAUUUGGUUCCCUCGGCUCUUGUCUGGAUAACUUCGCGGCCUGCAGCAGCCAAUCGGAUCCCUCCUACAUGUGUCGACAGGCUAACAGAAGUACGAGGCUUCACUGACGCCCAGAAGGAGGAGUACUUCAGGAGGAGGUUCCGUGAUGAAGAGCUGUCCAGCAGAAUCAUCUCCCACAUGAAGACAUCCAGGAGCCUCCACAUCAUGUGUAGAAUCCCAGUCUUCUGCUGGAUCACUGCUACAGUUCUGGAGCACAUGUUGACUACAGAGCAGAGAGGAGAGCUGCCCAAGACCCUGACUGACAUGUACUCACACUUCCUGCUGGUUCAGACAAAGAGGAAGAAGAACAAGUACCAUGAGGGACAGGAGAUGGGUCCACAGGACCUGAAGGAGGCUGACAGGGAAGUUCUUCUGAAGCUGGGGAGGCUGGCGUUUGAACAUCUGGAGAAAGGAAACAUAAUAUUCUACCAAGAAGAUCUGGAGCAGUGCGGUCUGGAUGUCACAGAGGCCUUGGUGUACUCAGGAGUUUGUACAGAGAUCUUCAAAAAAGAGUGUAUGAUCUUCCAGAAACCAGUCUACUGCUUUGUUCAUCUGAGCAUUCAGGAGUUUCUGGCUGCAGUCUACAUGUUCCAUUGUUUCACCAACAGGAAGACAAAGAUUCUGGAAGGUUUUCUAGAGAACUUCCUAGAAGAAUACAAAAGCAGACACUCAAACACAUCUUUUUUUAAGAACAUAUUCAAGUUUUAUAGCUUCCCAUCACUGGAUGUCUUUUUGACUAAAGCCAUGGAGAAGUCCCUCCACAGUAAAAAUGGCCACCUGGACCUGUUUGUUCGCUUCCUUCAUGGCCUCUCUCUGGAGUCCAACCAGAGACUCUUGGGAGGUCUGCUGGGUCAAACAAAGAAUAGUCCAGGAACCAUCCAGAGAGUCAGGUACAUCCUUAAGAAGAUGAGCAGUGAUGAAAUCUCUCCUGACAGAAGCAUCAACAUCUUCCACUGUCUCAUGGAGAUAAAUGACCUGUCAGUACAUCAGGAGAUCCAAGAGUUCCUGAAGUCAGAGAAUAGAUCAGAGAAGAAACUCUCUGAGAUCCAGUGCUCAGCUCUGGCCUUCAUGCUGCAGAUGUCAGAGGAGGUUCUGAAUGAGUUGGACCUGCAGAAGUACAACACAUCAGUCUGGGGACGACAAAGACUGAUUCCAGCUGUGAGGAAUUGCAGAAAGGCUCGACUGAUUCAGUGUGGACUCUUAGAGACUCACUGUGAAGUUGUGGCCUCAGCUCUGAAGUCCCACCCCUCCCAUCUGACAGAGCUGGACAUGAGUGAAAACGACCUAUUGGAUUCAGGAGUGAAUCUUCUGUGUGGUGGACUGGAGAGUCCAAACUGUCGACUGGAGACUCUGAGGUUGAGUUACUGUGGUUUGUCAGAGAUCAGCUGUGAUUAUUUGGCAGCAUCGCUGAAGUCCAACCUUUCCCAUCUGAGAGAGCUGGACCUGAGUGAUAACAAGUUGCAGGAUUUAGGAGUGAAGCAUCUGUGUGGUCUUUUGGAGAGUCCAGGAUGUGGACUUGAAACUCUGAGAUUGGGGAGCUGUGGUUUGUCAGAGAUCAGCUGUGAUUAUCUGGCAAGAGCACUGAAGUCCAACCCUUCCCAUCUGAGACAGUUGAAUCUGAGUGACAACAAGCUGCAGGAUUCAGGAGUGAAGCGUCUGUGUGGUUUUCUGGAGAUCCUGGGAUGUAGACUUGAAACUCUGAGAUUGAAUUUCUGCGGUUUGUCAGAGAUCAGCUGUGAUUAUCUGGCUGCUCGACCUGAGUAA